AUGGCGCUGGAAGAGAAGAAGGGCGCUCAUGUCGGGUCGGUGCCAGACACGGCCGCCAAGGGGGCCGCCACGGGUGCUGCCGCGGGCAUAGGGAUCUGGGGGCUGGUCAGUCCGGCUGUGCACAUGCUCGGGUUCAUGUCGGGCGGCAUCGCCAGCGGCUCCACCGCCGCAUCCAUGAUGUCCACCGCUGCGGUCGCGAAUACCGGGAGUAUCGCAAGUGGAAGCACAGUGGCAGUGCUGCAAAGUAUUGGAGCCCUUGGCAUUGCGACGUCAACAGGCGUCGGCAUCGCCGCAGUCGGGGCAGUCGUCGGUGCUGCUGCUCCCCUCACCAAAUGGUACUUCUCCAAGCCCAUAGAACAAGCUGCUGCUCAAGCAUCGAGUGCUACAACGCCGUCGCCGUUCGUCAUCAGGGCAAUGCUCGACCGAGGAAAGAAGCCCAUUUCCCCCAACGAGUGGCCAAAGACCCCGUUACCUGCUGCGACUCUACCCGUAGUUCCUCGCGCAACUAAUGAAAACUAA